CCGCACUUCGUUAGCAUAUACCUAUUUGUGCUUUCCGUAAGAUUUCCAUUACCUCUUUGACAAUUACGUGUCCGAAUCAUAAACCAAAAAUAACUGAAAAUAAAUGAAACCAUAAAAAUCAAAUUUCAUGACCUAUAAUCUCUUACUCAUCAGAUUCUUUCGUUUUCUUCGAAUUAUUGGUUUCAUUUCCUGUCGUUCAAUUCCGUUCUGAUGGAGGCUGGUACUGCAGUUAUGCAGCAGGUACAAGUCAGUGAAGCAGUGCUGGAAAAACACGUUUACUCUGUGUGGGCUCUGCCGCGGGAGGAUGUGAGAGUUAGGGUGAAGAAGUUGAUGGAGGGUCUCCGAUCGGAAUUUGGUGGACCCCAGUUUGAACCUCACGUGACGGUCGUCGGAUCAAUUCGGUUGACGGAGGCUGAGGCACGUGACAGGUUCAAGAAAGCUUGUGAGACAGUGAAAAAGCCUUAUAGUGCUACAGUGGAGAAAGUGGAUAGUGGCACUUUCUAUUAUCAGUGUGUUUACCUUUUGCUUCACCCUACCACUGAGGUUGUGGAGGCUAGUGCUCACUGCUGCAGUCACUUUGGUUACAACCGAUCAGGAACAUAUAUGCCGCAUUUGAGCCUUCUCUAUGGGGAUUUAACUGAUGAAGAGAAGAAGAAAGCUCAAGAAAAGGCUAAAAUGCUUGACGAGGGCAUUUGCAGCUUGAGCUUCCCGAUAUCUCAUCUCGCAUUGUGUAAAACAGACACUGAAGACAAAAGCUGCAAAUCAUGGGAGAAGGUGGAGGAGUAUAGCUUCAGCCCUAACUAGCAUGCCGAAGCAAUAACAUGUCCAUGAGCAAAAAACUCAUCCUGCUUACUUUUCCCUCACCUUGAAUUGCAGUUGCAAGGUUGAACUUUGUAAUACAUGUACUACUUGCUACUCUUUAUGUGCUAUAAAUAAGUACUUUGGACUUCCCUUUA